AGCGUAUUAUUUUUUUCAGAAUGGUCAAGAAAUUCGUUCUGUUACUCAUCGUUAUCGUCGCUACCAUUCCGUUGGCCUCUGCAGGUUUCUGGUACGACUUCUGGAGGGCAACGAAGCUGGUUCUCAAUCAAGGGAUUUGUACCGUAAAAUGCGCGUCGGUGUUCUGCCCCGUGUGGGAAAAUGGGAAGUGUACUUGCAAUUCACUUGCAUGCCAUGAGGAAGUCAUCAAGACAAUCAAGCACCUGGCUUCGUAGCCUUUUCGAACCGAUGUUCUAGUACCUCUGCAUGCUUGUGGUACCAACUCAAUAAAUGUUUCUUGGUG